GGUAGAGAUUCACUAACCAAGCCACGAUUGAACUCGUGCGCUAGUAUCAACGACGCCCGUGUGCUGCACACAAGCAGAGUGAGACAAGGCGGAGGCGAGUGAUACUCUGGUGAUGUCCUAUGCCGAUUACCGAGAUGGAGUAGAAGGAUGGGAAGAAGAGGCAUACCGAGACAUGGAUUCUCAUAGACAGACUCAACGAGAACAUGCAGUUCGGAUAGUCAAUGAAGAGAGGUAUAUAGAAUAUGUGUCCUACUUUUACGGCUUGACGACACUACAACCGGGAGACGACGCACGGCUUCGAGCCGAACGUAGAGCCCGUGCUCUUGCAGCAGCGAGGGCAGAAGCGAACCUAGUAGCUAGGGAACAGGCUGCUGCAGCAGGCAGAGCAGUAGCAAUGUCUAGCGCAGCGGCAUUCUCUGCUGCAUCGUCCGCAGUAUCCUCAUCAGGGACCAAUUUGGGUAUGCCCACAGGGUCCACGGGUACUUCCAGUUCAGUAGGUUCUCGACGGUCUACAAGUCAAAUGGCGGGCUCGCAGUGCAGCCCGUUGACCCCAUGCGAAAGGGAGCUCCUAGAGCUCCAACAGGUCGAAAGGAUCCGUGAACGAUUAGAGAGGGAACUGAAACAGGCAACCGAUAGAGAAAGAGAAAUUAAAAAUAGAACAGCCAGGCUUGAAACUUUCGAGGUUGACAAAGCUGAGUUAGAGGGUUUGGAUGAGUCAGGAUUGACUGAACCAAUGAAAGUAUUGAAGAACAAUAUGCUGUCACUGCAUGCGCAUGUGGACAGCCGAUUGGACUUUAUGCAGAACACUCUAGACCAGAUCUUGGACAUUUUGCAAAGGCCAGGAUUUAGGCCACCAGCACAGUCGCCGUUGCCGUUAACGGCGAUGUUAGGCCCCUUUCCUGUACAAGCUGGCACACAACCAAGUGGCACGUCUGCAGCAGUCUCACAGACUGUUGCUUCUUCUUUGGGUCCAGCGGUGGUUGCUACACCACCACAACAACCUGUUCCCCAACAGGGACAGCCGCAAGGUCAAUGGUACCCUAAGACCCCUAUGAAACCGCCUCCUACCUUCUCAGGCGAGAAGAAGGAUGAGGAACUCAACACUUGGUUGAGAACGGUUCUGGUAUGGGUAAAGGCGAAAAGGACUUUGCAGGAGGAGGAGGUGAUUACUGCUGCAUCUUACCUCGAGGAUAAGUUUGUCGUGGUUUACCUUGACGACAUUCUGAUCUUUAGUAAGUCUGCCGAUGAGCAUGCACAACACAUUGAGACUGUACUUACACUCCUGCGACAUCACAAGUAUAAGGUCAACCUAGAGAAGUGUGAGUUUGGUCGCACUAAGAUAUUAUACUUGGGUCAUGAAGUAUUCGCGGAAGGGAUUAGGCAGGAAGAUGCGAAGGUGGCUGGUAUUCGAGACUGGCCACGACCUCAGACUGUCAUUGAGGUCAGAUCUUUCUUAGGAAUGUGCGGCUACCAUAGGAACUUCGUAAAGAACUAUUCUACAGUCGCCUCUCCUUUGACAUAUCUAACUCGACUUGACACGCCGUGGGACUGGAGUGAUGAGUGCAAGGGUGCUUUCAAGCGAUUGAAGCAUGCACUCAUGAAUCAUGGAGUUCUCAUGGUUCCCGAUCCUCAGAAGCCGUUCAUAGUGACCACUGACGCAAGCCAAUAUGGCAUUGGCACAGUGCUGGCUCAGCAGGAUGGGAAGAAGUUGAGACCGAUUGAGUACAUGAGCAAGAAAAUGCCAUAGAAGAAAUGGCAAAGUCCACCUACGAAAGGGAACUCUAUGCUCUCUACAAGGCACUUGUCCAUUGGAGACACUUUCUGUUGGGACGGU